UUUGGACAAAACUCACACUUGGGACAUUGUUGAUCUUCCUCCUGGCAAGACUGCCAUUGGCUGUAAAUGGGUAUACAAAAUCAAAACCUGUUCUGAUGGAUCUAUUGAGCGCUAUAAAGCUCGCCUUGUUGCUAAAGGCUUCAAUCAAGAAUAUGGUAUUGACUAUGAGGAGACCUUUGCUCCUGUUGCUCGUCUCACCUCUGUUCGCAGCCUUAUUGCAGUUGCUACUACCCGACACUGGGAUCUUUAUCAAAUGGAUGUGAAAAAUGCCUUUCUUAAUGGUGUUCUUCUUGAGGAGGUCUACAUGCAACCUCCCCUUGGGUCUACUUAUCCACCUCAUAAAGUCUGCAAACUUCAACGUGCUUUAUAUGGUCUCAAACAAGCUCCCCGCGCUUGGUUUGCCAAGUUCAGCUCUACUAUUCAUGACUGUGGUUUCACCUCCAGCUCUUAUGAUACUGCACUUUUUAUCCGCAAAACUGCUCAAGGGACCACUUUGCUUCUUCUUUAUGUGGAUGAUAUGAUUAUCACCGGUGAUGAUGUCAAUGGUAUUCUUCAUCUUAAACAAUUUCUUAGCCAUCAUUUCGAGAUGAAAGACCUUGGUCCUCUCAGCUAUUUCUUGGGUCUUGAAAUCUUCCAUGAUUCCACGGGUUCUUUUCUCUCUCAGGCUAAGUACACAUCUGAUCUUCUCACCCGUGCUGGUCUUACCGAUUGCAAGACUGCCUCAACUCCCCUAGAGCCUCAGAGUCGUCUUACACCUCUUGAUGGCACUCUUCUCUCUGAUGCUACUCUAUAUCGUCAGCUAGUUGGCAGUCUUGUCUAUCUCACUGUUACUCGUCCUGAUAUUGCCUAUGCCGUCCAUAUUGUCAACCAGUUUAUGUCGGCUCCUCGUACCACACAUUAUGCUGCAUUAAUUCGUAUCAUUCGCUAUCUCAAAGGCACCAUGUUUCAUGGUCUUCAUUAUUCCGCCCGCUCCUCUCUCCAGCUUCGUGCUUUCUCUGAUGCUGAUUGGCCUGGCGAUCCUACUGACCGCCGCUCUACUACUUGGUUUUGCUUUUUUCUGGGUGAUUCUCUUAUUUCUUGGUGCAGUAAGAAACAAUCUCUUACUGCUCGUUCUAGUACCGAAGCCGAAUACCGUGCCCUUGCUGAUACUACUCAGGAGCUUCUCUGGCUUCGUUGGCUUCUUGCUGACAUGGGUGUUACUUCCUCUGGCGCUACUGCCCUCUUUUGUGACAAUCACAGUGCUCUUCAAAUUGCUCACAAUGAUGUUUUUCAUGAUCGCACCAAGCACAUUGAGAUUGACUGCCAUUUUAUUCGGCAACACGUUACUCAUGGUACUGUCCAUCCCCAUCCGAUCUCUUCUGUUGAUCAACCUGCUGAUAUCUUCACCAAAGCUCAUUCUCCUGGCUGCUUCAUUGACCUUGUCUCCAAACUCAAGUUGGUUGAUGUUUGUCCUCCUUGAGUUUGAGGGGGGAUGUUAAUACUAUACCUAUAAUAUAUAUUAAUCUGUAAAUAGUUGUUGCUAGCCUACCUAUAAUAUAUAUUAAUCUGUAGAUAGUUGUUGCUAGCCUAGCACAGAUAGACACCUUCUUUUCCUUU